CUAUUUAUGAUACCAAAAUCCCUCACAUGUCGCUCCUUCCUCCUGCUUCUUCUUCUGUUCCCACUCCCUCUAUCACCGAGCCUCUCUCCCUCUAGAUUUCUUCCUUCGUUAGCUUCUUUGAUCACUUUGGUCCCAGCUUAAUCUCUCUCCAAUUUUCCUCUUCUAUUCGGCUGUGGAUCUACCAUUUCCACCUCCUAUCAACUCCAAUUCUGCGUCAACAAGAUCUUGGGGAGCUCGAAUUUCGAUCGAACAAUAUCUGCUCUGGGUUUGAGGGAAGCUAAGGUUUUGUUUUCUGGGGCUGUCUGAGAUUGCAAGUUCAGGGAGUGGGAGAAUAUGAAAGUGCCCUGCUGUUCGGUUUGCCAAACGCGGUAUAACGAGGAAGAGCGAGUCCCACUUCUGCUCCAAUGUGGGCAUGGCUUUUGCAGAGAGUGUCUCUCGAGAAUGUUCUCGGCGUCUCCAGAUACGACGCUAGCGUGUCCGAGGUGUCGCCAUGUGUCCGUCGUCGGGAACUCUGUGCAGGCUCUGCGCAAGAACUACGCCGUAUUGGCUCUUAUUCACUCGGCUUCGAAUGCGUCGGGUUCGAAUUUCGAUUGUGACUUCACUGAUGAUGAAGAAGAAGGGGGUGAUGGUGGUGAAGAAGAUGGAGACAAUGAUGAGGACUCGGUCAUGCGCCGUCGGUGUAGCCGCGGGUCCCAAACAUCGAGCUCCGGCGGCUGUGGACCGGUUUUAGAGGUCGGAGUGCACCAAGAGUUGAAAUUUCUGCGUCAGAUAGGAGAGGGAAGGAGGGCUGGUAUGGAAAUGUGGACAGCGGUGAUUGGUGGUGGUGGUGGAAAUGGACGAUGCCGACAUCAAGUGGCGGUGAAGAAGGUUACAAUAGUGGAGGAGAUGGAUUUGGAUUGGGUGCAGGGACAGCUUGAGAAUCUGCGUCGUGCUUCAAUGUGGUGCAGGAACGUAUGUACAUUUCAUGGGGCAAUGAGGAUGGAGGAAAGUUUAUGUCUCGUGAUGGACCGGUGUUAUGGAUCAGUUCAGUCUGAGAUGCAGCGCAAUGAGGGCAGGCUUACUUUGGAGCAAGUCUUAAGAUAUGGGGCAGACAUUGCUAGAGGGGUGGCUGAGCUUCAUGCUGCUGGAAUUGUUUGCAUGAAUCUCAAACCAUCCAAUCUUCUUCUUGAUGCAAAUGGCCGAGCAGUGAUUUCAGAUUAUGGACUUGCUACAAUUUUGAAGAAGCCUUCCUGUCGGAAGGCCCGACCAGAAUGUGAUAACUCCUCGAAGAUCCAUUCAUGCAUGGAGUGUAUAAUGCUCAGCCCACAUUACACAGCUCCAGAGGCUUGGGAACCUGUGAAGAAGUCAUUAAAUUUGUUCUGGGAUGAUGCUAUAGGUAUAUCUGCAGAGUCGGAUGCCUGGAGUUUUGGUUGUACAUUGGUGGAAAUGUGCACGGGUUCUGUUCCUUGGUCUGGUUUAAGUGCAGAGGAAAUCUAUCGAUCAGUUGUCAAGGGAAAGAAACUGCCACCACAAUAUGCUAGCGUGGUUGGUGGUGGAAUACCGAGGGAAUUGUGGAAGAUGAUUGGAGAGUGCUUGCAGUUCAAACCAGCCAAAAGGCCCAGUUUUAAUGCAAUGCUUGCAAUAUUUCUUCGUCAUUUGCAGGAAAUACCACGCAGCCCUCCUGCAAGCCCUGAUAAUGACUUUCUUCAAUCAUCUGUGGCAAAUGCGAUUGAGCCUUCCCCACUACCUGAGCCAGAAGUUCCACGAGAAAACCCAAACCAUUUUCAUCGACUUGUGUCUGAAGGUGAUGUUAGAGGUGUUAGAGAUCUUCUUGCAAAGGCUGCAUCAGAAAAUGGUAGUGACUACCUAUCCUCUUUAUUGGAAGCUCAAAAUGCUGAUGGACAAACUGCUCUUCAUCUGGCUUGUAGGCGGGGUAGUGCAGAACUUGUUGAAGCUAUUUUGGAGUACAGAGAAGCAAAUGUAGAUGUCUUGGACAAAGAUGGAGAUCCUCCUCUUGUUUUUGCAUUAGCAGCUGGAUCUCCAGAAUGUGUCCAUAGUCUUAUAAAAAGAAAUGCUAAUGUAAGGUCUCGGUUGAGAGAUGGCCUUGGCCCUUCUGUUGCCCAUGUUUGUGCUUAUCAUGGGCAACCAGAUUGUAUGCGAGAAUUACUGUUGGCUGGAGCGGAUCCUAAUGCAGUGGAUGAUGAAGGAGAAACUGUACUGCAUAGAGCAGUUGCCAAAAAGUACACGGACUGUGCUCUUGUAAUAUUGGAAAAUGGAGGCAGCAAAUCAAUGGGCAUCUUAAACUCAAAGAAUCUGACACCACUGCACUUGUCUGUGGCAACAUGGAAUGUAGCUGUUGUGAAAAGAUGGGUGGAAGUUGCAACUUCUGAUGGGAUUGCUGAGGCAAUUGACAUUCCAAACCCUAUAGGCACUGCACUGUGCAUGGCAGCUGCUUCUAAAAAAGAUCAUGAGAUUGAGGGCAGAGAGUUGGUGCAGAUAUUGCUUGCUGCAGGAGCAGAUCCAUCUGCCCAAGAUACACAAAAUGGGCGGACAGCUUUGCAUACAGCUGCUAUGACUAAUGAUGUUGAGUUGGUCAAGGUUAUUCUUGCUGCUGGUGUCAAUGUGAACAUUCGCAAUGUGCACAAUAGUAUACCUCUUCACUUAGCUCUUGCUAGGGGGGCAAAGUCAUGUGUUGGAUUGCUUCUAUCUGCUGGUGCUGAUUAUAAUUUGCAGGAUGAUGAUGGUGACAAUGCUUUCCAUAUAGCAGCAGAGACAGCAAAAAUGAUCCGUGAAAAUCUUGAUUGGCUCAUUGUAAUGCUAAGAAAUCCUGAUGCUGAUGUUGAAAUGAGAAACCACAGUGGCAAGACACUACGUGAUAUCUUAGAGGCACUUCCUCGGGAAUGGAUAUCUGAAGAUCUGAUGGAGGCACUAGCCAAAAGAGGUGUUCACCUAUCUUCUACAAUAUUUGAUGUGGGAGAUUGGGUGAAGUUUAAAAGAACUGUCACGACUCCAACAUAUGGAUGGCAGGGUGCUAGACAAAAGAGUGUUGGCUUUGUGCAAAGUGUUCCUGACAGGGAGAAUCUUAUUGUGUCAUUUUGUUCUGGAGAGGCUCAUGUCUUGGCAAGUGAAGUUGUAAAAGUCAUUCCACUAGACAGGGGCCAACAUGUACAGCUCAAAGAAGAUGUGAAAGAGCCCAGGUUUGGUUGGCGUGGGCAGUCACGUGACAGCAUCGGGACAGUUUUAUGUGUUGAUGAUGAUGGGAUCCUUCGUGUAGGGUUUCCUGGAGCAUCUAGAGGAUGGAAAGCUGAUCCAUCUGAGAUGGAACGGGUUGAGGAAUUCAAGGUUGGAGAUUGGGUCCGUAUUCGCCCCACUCUUACAUCUGCAAAGCAUGGAUUAGGGUCUGUGACACCUGGAAGUAUUGGUAUAGUAUAUUGUAUCAGACCAGACAGUAGUCUCUUAAUUGAACUGAGCUAUCUGCCAAAUCCAUGGCAUUGUGAACCAGAAGAGGUUGAGCAUGUUGCUCCUUUUAGGAUUGGUGAUCGGGUUUGUGUGAAGCGAUCUGUUGCAGAACCUAGAUAUGCUUGGGGCGGCGAGACACAUCAUAGUGUCGGAAGAAUCAGUGAGAUAGAGAAUGAUGGUUUAUUAAUAAUUGAUAUACCAAAUCGACCCAUACCGUGGCAGGCUGAUCCAUCUGACAUGGAGAAGGUGGAAGAUUUUAAGGUUGGAGACUGGGUCAGAGUGAAAGCUUCUGUGUCUUCUCCAAAGUAUGGAUGGGAGGAUAUUACAAGGAACAGUAUCGGGAUAAUUCAUAGCUUGGAGGAGGAUGGGGAUAUGGGUAUUGCCUUUUGCUUCAGGAGUAAACCUUUUUGUUGCUCUGUCACUGAUGUGGAGAAGGUUCCCCCUUUUGAGGUGGGACAAGAGAUUCAUGUGAUGCCAUCUGUUAUUCAGCCUCGGCUCGGAUGGUCAAAUGAAUCACCAGCUUCUGUUGGAAAAAUAGUGAGAAUUGACAUGGAUGGUGCUCUAAAUGUGAGAGUCACUGGUCGGCAGAGCUUGUGGAAAGUUUCUCCUGGAGAUGCAGAACAACUGCCUGGAUUUGAAGUUGGUGAUUGGGUACGCUCAAAACCAAGCCUAGGAACCAGACCAAGUUAUGACUGGAAUAGCGUUGGAAAAGAAAGUAUAGCUGUUGUGCAUAGUGUGCAGGAUUCUGGAUACUUGGAAUUGGCUUGCUGUUUUCGUAAAGGGAAGUGGAUCACUCAUUAUACAGAUGUUGAAAAGGUUCCUUGCUUUAAAGUUGGGCAGUAUGUUAGGUUCAGAACUGGUUUGGUUGAACCAAGGUGGGGCUGGAGAGGAGCUCAACCUGAAUCACGAGGUGUUAUAACCAAUAUACAUGCUGAUGGAGAAGUGAGGGUGGCAUUCUUUGGUUUGCCAGGUUUGUGGAGAGGAGACCCUGUGGACCUUGAGAUUGAGCACAUGUUUGAAGUUGGAGAAUGGGUGAAGUUGAAAGAUAAUGCCGAUAGCUGGAAAUCUGUUGGACCGGGUAGUGUUGGUGUUGUACAAGGAAUAGGGUAUGAAGGUGAUCUGUGGGAUGGAAAAAUUCAUGUUGGCUUUUGUGGGGAACAAGAAAGGUGGCUAGGCCAAACUUCCCAUCUUGAAAGAGUUGAGAAACUCAUUGUUGGACAGAAGGUUAGAGUUAGACAAACUGUAAAGCAGCCAAGAUUUGGGUGGUCUGGACACACCCAUGCUAGUAUCGGAACCAUAUCAGCUAUUGAUGCUGACGGAAAGCUUCGAAUAUACACUCCUGCAGGAUCGAAAGCAUGGAUGCUGGACCCAUCAGAAGUGGAUUUGAUAGAAGAGGAGGAGCUCCAGAUUGGAGACUGGGUCAAAGUUAGAGCAUCUGUUUCAACCCCAACCCACCAGUGGGGAGAAGUGAACCAUUCAAGCAUAGGGGUUGUGCAUCGCAUGGAAGAUGAUGAUCUUUGGGUAGCAUUCUGCUUCACUGAGAGGCUAUGGCUUUGCAAGGCAUGGGAAAUGGAAAGAGUUAGACCAUUUAAAGUUGGGGACAAAGUAAGGAUCCGAGAUGGACUCGUAUCACCCCGGUGGGGAUGGGGAAUGGAGACACAUGCUAGCAAGGGACAGGUGAUUGGAGUAGAUUCAAAUGGUAAGCUAAGAAUUAAGUUCCGAUGGCGGGAAGGGAGGCCCUGGAUCGGAGACCCUGCCGAUAUCGUUCUCGAUGAGAAUUGAUUUUGGAUCCCAUCAUCUGAGCUUUGUAUCAUAACUUGCUUUUCUCAUUCAGCUCGUUAGCCUUCUUGUUUUUGGGGCCUAGGCUUGUGCAAAGAAGUGGAACGCUUCCUGUUCCUUGCUCCCACAUAAUAACUUAUGCCCUGACGGUUGAAAAGCAAUUUUAACUGGAUCGAUUCUUGCAAUAAACAGUUGGAAAAUGGAUGGAGUUAGGGAGGAAGGGAGGAAGUCUGGCUUGCCAUGCCAGAAAUUAUUGGAGAUUUGAAAGAAGACAUGAUGAAAAUUGGCAAUAGGUCAUUCAUAUUCAUAACUCAUAAAGCAUGUAUUCCCAGAUUUUGAGGUAUAUAUACGUUACGUAUAUUAUUGUACAAAUUCUCUUCUGAUCGACUUAUGUCA